GGAAGUGAACAAACACAGGAAGAGCUGAUAGUAUUUAAAGAAAGAGUUGAGAUCAUAUACUGAAGAGAAAGACUGAGAAAAAGAGAAAAUGUCUGAUGAGUGUCAUCUGUGUCUGCUGGGACUGAUCUUUCUCUCUUCACUUCUCACAGGUGUCAGUGGAGUGGAUGAUGCUCAUGUGUUCAUCAGUUCUGGUGGAAAUGUCAGUCUGCCCUGUAAUAAUUAUCUUCUUGAAUGCAAAUCAACUGUAUGGAUCUAUGUCAGAUCCAGUUAUUCAGAAACAGUUGAACUGAUUGCUGAAAGGAAAAAGAAGAAAAACACAGAGAUAUAUGAGAGACUGAGCCUGUGGUCUGACUGCUCUCUGAAAAUCAAAAACAUCAAAAAAGAAGAUUAUGGAUCUUACAUCUGCCAACAAUAUCUGAUUGGACAGCAACUAAAACCUGAUGCUCGUGUUUACCUGCAUGUUCUUCAUGUCUCAUCCUCACAGACUGAGAUCAGUGCAGGUCUCUCUGUGACUCUCUCCUGUCAGUUGUAUUCAUAUGAUGAAGGCUCUUGUGAUAAUUUGUUCAGUUCUGAGAGAAUUCAGCUGUUCUGGGUGAAUCAGGCUGGUGUUAAACUGAAUAUAUCAGACUCCAGAUAUCAGAUAUCAUCCUCAUCAGAUCACUGUAUCAUCACUCUGAAUACAACACUCCUGAAUGAAGAUCACAACAGAGAGUGGAGAUGUGAAGUUACUCAGAGAGAUCAAGUCAAGAGCUCAGUCACAUACACUGUCAAGAGUUCAGCUCAAACUGAUUCAACAACAGUGAUUCCAGUCCACAGCACACACUCUCAGGAUCCCUCAACUACAAACACACACACAACUAAAGAUCCAGGAGAAACUGAAGUCUGUAGGACUGAUGGAUCAUUAUUCAGAGAGAUUUUGAUCAUUCUUAAGACCGCGGUGUUUACUGCUCCUACAGUGAUUCUUCUUCAGAUCAUCUGUGCAAGAAGAGCUGGGAGGAAGGACUCGCAUCAGCCAGAGGAAAUAGAGAUUAAUACAAUUAUAGAAUAAAAUACUCUGCAAAUAACAGCCCAGAUUACAGCAAGAUUUAUCUUCAUCUCAAUUAAUUUUACGAUAUUUGCAAA